AUGGCCGUCGGUCUAUUCAUCACGAUUUUCCUUCUUUUCCAUCGAAUUUCUUCGUCAAACAGUAGUGAUGAGGGUUCGUCGUCAAGGUAUAUCCAUCAAUUUGUCUAUCCCAUCAAUUUGAGGUCUUGUCAAAGAAAUUUGAAUGGAACCCGACAAGAACUCGUCGAGGCUCGAGGAAAAAUCAGUGGACUCUGCGAACGACCGACGAAGAUUGGUGCUGCUUUGAAAGCCGGGAUAGAUUCCAAAGUCGCCGAAAUGUCAAGGACCUUUUCCGCGUUGAAAGCCGAUUUCGAGAAGGAGUUGAACGAAACGAGGAAAGAAAAUGCCGAGGUCGAGAGGAAAUUGAGGUCCGAAAGCAUGGAGCUAAAGGCCGAGUUAGCAACGAAAAUAACCGAAUUGAGGGCUCAAAUACAAUCUGAAAGGGAAAACAAAACGGCCGAAAUCGCGAAGUUGCAGGCAGAUUUAAGUCGAACGACAACUUUCUUGGAUCUGGAUGGAUGGUCGUAUUUGGAAGAAACCGCUUCUUGGUACAAGUUUAUCGAUCAAAGAAUGACAUUCGAUGAAGCCGAGGCAUAUUGUGGGGGCAGAAAAAGCCAUUUAGUCUCAAUUUACAGUCAGGAAGAGAACGAUUUUGUUUGGAAACUCCCGAAAAAUGUUGGUUCGGAGUCUUUGUUCUGGAUCGGACUGAAGAGAAAUUGGAACAAAGAAAAUGCUUUUGAAUGGACGGAUGGAAGUUCGGUGGAUUUCACAAAUUGGAAGGGUAGAUGGCCGGAUUCGUACACCCACGCUAUUCUUUGGAGCCUCGAUGGGAAAUGGACGGUCUGGUCUCCUACCGAUCAGUUUCGUUUUAUUUGCAAAAAGGAGCUCUCAAUUCAAAUAGUAUAUAAUACA